AUGUCACUAAGAGCGGUGCUGGUGAUUUUGGUAGUGGCGGUUGUGAUGGUGCUGUGCCAAGCAUUACCAAUCGAUGACAGUGCAGCCGACUACAGUAAUCUUGAGAAUUUCUUCUACCUACCCAGGCUUCGUCGUGAUCAGGUGUCGUUCACUGGACAGAACGCUUAUCUCCACCAACUUCUGCAAAAUCUCAAACCACAAAAUUUAGGAGGAGUGUGUAGUAAGCCUGUGAUCCCGUCGGUCAUCGUCAUCGGUCUCUCACUUCAUGAUCUCUAUACCCGCUCUCGCCAACGUUCGUCUAUCGAUGAUACCCCGCGCACCUGA